AUGGACUUUUCAUCCGACGAGGAACUAUUUAUUAUAGCGAGUAUUGCAGAGGAGGAAGAGAAGGCGAAAAAAAAACGGCUAUGGGUUCAUAACAUCAACAAAAAAAGAGACGAGCAUGGAGAAUUCCAUACAUUAUUUCCAGACCUCCUUCAAGAUGAGUCAAAAUUUUUUAAAUAUUUUAGAAUGAGUUCGCAAAAAUUUUUUGAAUUGCUUGAGAUGCUGCCGCAACUACAAAAGCAAGACACAAAUUUCAGACGCUGUAUUCCACCGGACGAAAGAUUGGCAAUCACCCUGAAGUAA